CACGAAAAGGGGCUGGGUUACCAUACAGUAGAUCCCGUUGUUUUCAUGAGAGUAGAUGUGUCUUUGACGUAAUCGACGAUUUGCAGAAGGCUUGACCCGUCUCGUUACAUUACUCACCUUGGUAGCUCGUAAAUUGCUACUAUUUUGAUCGAGUCGCUUAGAAAAAAGCGACUUGAUUUAGCUAACACGAGCCUCUUUGUAAAAUCAGGUCGAAAGGGAUGCCGCUGCAGACAGACUCCGACGGACGCCAACAGUCUUUGGAUUUAAUCUCAUCACAUUUGAUCGGGAAGAGCAGUUUUUCUAUAAAUUUAAGAGGCCUCACUAUAACACAAUCUCGACCGAAUGCUUUUGUAAGAUGCUUAAACUCCAGUGCGAAUUAAUAGCGUAGACAAGAAGCGUAAAUAACCAGCUAGCUAAGCGCUAGCUAACGGUAGCUAGUCAUCAACAAAGCGGGGAUCGCUAAUCUUUUGCGUCGCAGAGUAACCUGUUAGGUUAAGUAGACGAGUGUGUCGGGCUUGCCCUUUGAACACGUUGCUUUCUGCUGUUGCUGGAAAUAUUGCUCGACCGCAAUGAAACUGUUGGAAAGCUCCAGCUUUGAAGCCCUCGGCUCGCGACUGUGUGUUGAAACAGGAGAGUCUCGCAUCCUUGGCAGGAUGGAGAGCUACUCCUGUAAGAUGGCAGGGGAUGAUAAACAUAUGUUCAAGCAGUUCUGCCAGGAGGGUGAGCCGCACGUCCUGGAGGCUCUGUCUCCCCCUCAGUCCACCAGCCCUUCACAAAUGGGGAAGAGCAGUGAGGACGGAGAGAACCCCCUGAGUGACAAGUGUUGCAGGAAGACUCUUUUCUACCUCAUCACCACGCUCAACGAGUCCUUCCGGCCAGACUACGACUUCAGCGCCGCCCGGGCCCACGAGUUCAGCAGAGAACCCAGCCUCAACUGGGUGGCAAAUGCAGUAAACGGCAGCUUGUUCUCAGCUGUGGGAGAAGAGUUCAACUCUCUGGGGCCGGAGCUGUGGAACGCCAUCGACCAAGAGAUCAACCUGCAGGGCUGUGACAUUUACAGCUACAACCCUGAUCUGGACUCUGACCCUUUUGGUGAAGAGGGGAGCCUCUGGUCCUUCAACUACUUCUUCUACAACAAGAAACUCAAGAGGAUUGUAUUCUUCACAUGUCGCUCCGUCAGCGUCUUGAGUGGCUAUGGCCGAGAUUGUCUUGACAAUGAGCUGGACAUGGAGCUGGAUGACGAGGAGGAAAUGGACGGCUUUACUGAGGACAGGUUCCCCAGAGCUCUGUGCGUGUGAAUUUCCCUGAAGUACACGCCUCGGCCAAAGAAUAUCUAGGCUUUCCCCCCCCCCCCAUUUUCCGCCACAUGUUCCUGCUUUAAUUUUGCUGCCUCAUCCAAAGCCAUUUUCACGCUUUAGAUUAAUGCAUGCCUUCUCUGUGAACCGUGAGCUGGUGUACAUUCUUUUUAAAAACCCUGCGGUAACUUUAAGGCUCCUUUCUCCAGUAUGGAUUUUGACUCCAAGCCCAAACAGCACACACAUGCACACACAGGCUUCUCUACACUUGCCACAUUUCCAAAGAGACCUCUUCACGGACGCUUAAGAAGAAGGUCUUGUGACGUUCGGUUGACCAACAAAAGACUAAGCGAGCUGAGUUUCUUGCAAAUAAUGUCACAAAGGAGAGUCCAGAAAGCACCAGCAUCUAUACAAACUGACAGAUUGACACAUGAUGAUAUUCCUACCUGGGAUGGGGCUGGGUCCAUGAAACCCCAGUAAAGAACUGUUUUGUGUGUUGCUUUUUAUGUGUGACAGUAAUGUUACUGUGACGACUUUUUCAGCACAGAGUUUGAAAUUUAAAAACGCUGCAUUUAUAACUAAAAGUUGUUUUAUUGAAUCUUAUUACUGCGAAUGCUCGUCUUUACUUUACACAGUAGGGCAUGGCCCAAGAAAACUAUUGGCGUGUGUUGCAGCUUAGAAAACGUAUCCGCUUUUAACAAAUGUCCCAUUGUUUGUUUCAAUCCUCUAUUAUCCAGUUCCAUGAUUAAUUUUAUACGUCUAAAAAUCCAGUAUUGUUUUCACUCUUCCCACAACCUGGUUUAUUCCUGGUUAACCUGUUUCUAAACGUCUGUCUUGCCAGUGUUUUUCUUUGCUCAUUACCUCAGUGCACAGGCUUAAUUGAAAAGUGAAUGUAUAGUACAAUUUUUAGAGGAAAAAAUAACUUAACAGUAAAAGUCUGUACAUUAUUUUUUAGAAAUUGAGAAGCUCCUUUUACGUUCCUUACAAGUGGUUAGGAGUCUUUUCUUGACUGCUCUGUGCUUCAUUUGAUUGGCCGAUAUAUAUUGCAGAUGUGAAUAAACUGGUGUCUGAAUCAUACUUUA